UGGGGUUUUACGCUGGGCAAAGGUGCGACCAUUUUACUCCUCUCCGCCCAUUGGUGAACGUAUAUCAGCGGAGGCAACGGGAUCUUGUUUUGUGAGUUGGCCUGCGAAAGAGUGUCAGAAAGAGGGGGUCGAACUGGGCCGCCUCUCUUGUUUCGCGGUUUCCGGCAGCGGGGAGCGAAAGAUUCGGCAGCGACAGUAUACAUCAUGAGCUAUUCCAAGGACCAACUCCUGCAGCGUUUGAAGGAACUUCAACUUAACUUUUCCACUUGCAGUCAUCCUGCAGUUCUGACUGUUGAAGCUCAGGCAAAGCAUGUUGGGCAUUUGGAGGGUGCAUUAAGCAAAAACUUACUGUUGAAGGAUAAAAAACAUCGGUUUUAUAUUGUAUCUGCUUUGGCGACCACUCCUAUUGACUUAAAAGUCUUAUCUCAGCGUCUUGGAUUGGGAAAAGGAGGUUUGCGGAUGGCUCCUGAAGAAGCUCUUCAGGAAAUACUUCAGGUGCCAUUAGGGUCUGUGACACCUUUUGCAUUAGUAAAUGAAUCUGCACGGUCUGUUGGACUUUUGUUGGAUCAAGGUUUCAAAGCUCAAAAAAGAUGUUUUUUCCAUCCUCUUUCAAAUGAGAUGACUAUAUCCCUUGCUGCUUCUGAGCUUGAUAAGUUUUUGGUUUCAAUCGGAAGAAGUCCAUGUUAUGUAGACCUGGAGGAAAAUCCUCCAAUUGGAAAGGAUCAACCUCCUGAUCUUGCUGCUUAUGUUCCUGGUGAGGCACCAAGUCUUCCAGGCCAGUCGCUGAAGCCAGUCAAUAAUGAACUUCCAACAGUUGGAUCCUGUAUGUCUGAAGGGAGCAAUUCAACAACCAAUAUGGAGUUGAAAAAGGGGACUUCACAAUCUAAGCCUGAAAAGAGGAAAGUGAAACCUGAGGAGCAACACAAAGGCACGGACAAUCUAGCAUUUGUAUCUGAUGUCAAGAAAAUUGUUGAUGAAAUCAUUACUAGAACUUCAGAAGUGGUCAUAUCAGAGGUCAAUAAGGAGUCAAUUCAAUUGCAUGGUGAACAGCUAGGGUCUGUUGUUUCUGCUGGCUUAAAAAAGCGACUUGGUGCAGAUCUAGAGAACCUGAUAAUGGUUUUGAAGAAUGCAGCUUACACACAAGGAUUUCAUUCAGGUCUGAGAAGCCAAUCACAUUUGCGGGAAUGACCUCCUAGGUCCAACGGAAUGGAAGCAAGGGAGGUCAACUUGUGGCCCAACCGACUAGGCAAGGAUGCAUGUUUUGUUUUGAGUUGGUUGCUUCGAGUUCUUUCUUCUUGUUUGUUGAGGAAAGACGGCAACCUGAAAGAAGCACCGACUCGGGCUGGUUGCUUUCCUCCGAUCAAAAGACCAAGAAGCAGUAGUUUUCAUGUUUAAGUUUUUGGGGCUGCGAGCUGUGGCCUUUAUGGAGGCGUCAAUAUUCAAGAUUUUCUGUAAACUUUACGUAAGGUUACGCUAAAAUUCCCAAAGAUAUCUUUUAAGUUUUAUGCAUGAAAAGUAAGUUACUCUAGUUUAA